AUGAGCGAUUUAGAACAUAGCAUGAAACAUGUCGAGAGUCCAAAAGUUUUUAAUCCGUAUAAAUCUCAAAAAUCUCAUUUAUUCAAACUUAAAGGCUCGGUUUUACCAAAUGUUAUUGGUUCUUCUGUAAUAAUCACCUUAUUCUCUGCUGGCAUAGUCUCUCUAUAUGAAUUCAAUCAAUUAAAUCUUAGUAUACCCAUUUCUUUAAUUACCGUUCUUGGCCUGGUGGUUGGUCUAUUGCUUACCUAUAGAACCAAUACUGCUUACGAUAGACUGUGGGCUACUAUGGUAGUGGCAAUACGUAAUUUCACAAGAUUUAUAUGGGUACACAUAGAUGAUAAUAACACCACUAAAAUAAUACUAGAGAAAAAAACCGCAAUCAAUUUAUUAACAGGAUUUGCAGUUGCAACAAAACAUUUUUUACGUGAGGAGGACGGUUGUCUAUAUGAUGAUAUUAGGCCCUUGAUUUCCAAUAUCCAUUCUGCAUUACCUGGAUUCAAUCAAAAAACAACAUUUGUUCCAACUAGAAAAAGACUAACAUUAUGGGAUCAAUUGUUGCACAGGACAUCAAAACCUCAUUUGAGAGCUGAUAAAGAAAGUGGCUCCGAUGUAAAUCACAACUUACCAUUGGAAAUCUGUCUUUACUUAUCAUCUUACGUUCAUGACAAUGCCGCCAAAAAUAGAAUCACUGCUCCAGUUACCACAAAUAUGCUUAAUUGUAUCAAUACCAUGGUGGAUUGUUUAUCACAAUUUGAAAGGGUGUUGAGAAGUCCAAUUCCUCUUGCCUAUUCUAUUCAUUUGGCUCAGACCGUCUGGAUAUAUUGUUUGUCAUUACCUUUUCAAUUGAUGGGUACGGCUCAUUGGGCAACUAUUCCUAUUGUAUUCUUUGCUUGUGUAGUUUUGCUUGGUAUUGAAAGAAUAGGCGCCGAGAUUGAGAAUCCAUUUGGUUACGACGAUAAUGAUUUACCAUUGGAUGAUUUUUGUGGAAUAAUUAAAUAUGAACUCAAUACAAUUGCUUCACAUCCUGUUCCAACAAUAGAUGAUUGGGUAUUUACUGAUGAAAAUCAUCCAUUUGAAAAUCAACGAAUUAGUGCGUUGGAUGCUAAACAUUUCUCAACAGAAGAAGUUAGAUCUUUACUUUCAAUUAAUGAGAAAAACGAAAGUUUUAUUAGCAAUGAAAGAAUUUCUCUAACUAUUGAUAAAGAAAGUGAAAAAGCUGAGAAUGGUGAAUUGGAUAUCACACCAACUUUUGCAAUUGGUAACAUGUUUGAAAUUCCAAAUUAUUUUAAAUACAAAGCAUUUGUAGAAUACUUG